AUGAACGAUAUGAUUCUCGAAAGAUACUAUAAGCUCUUGGAUGAGCGAGAAAGUCCAAAAGGACCCAGCAAGGAGGAGAUUGAGCGUCAGGAUAAGCUCAUGGCGAUUCGUUUACUGAAGUCUGAUACUGUGGGGCCCAUCACGCGGCGAGGUGGACCGACUAAAGUGGUGAAAAAGAAAACCACUCGAAAAGCUACUCCUAACACGGCUUUCAACGCUGAACAUAUACUUUCGCUGCAACUACAGGCAGUGGUGGGAGGGGCACGUAUGAGUCGGCCGCAGGUUGUCAAACAGAUAUGGGUGUAUAUCAAGGAACAUGGGCUUCAGGACCCUAAGGACAAAAGGAAGGUCAAAUGUGACGAGAAGCUACAGGCGGUGUUCAAGAAGCUGGUGGUCGGGAUGUUUGAGAUGAACAAGCUUCUAGGUAACCAUUUAUACAAGGAUGAAGACUUGGUGGAUGGGGAAAUCAAGACCAAGAAGGUUGAAGUCAGUCUGAGUCUGCCGGAUAUUGUGAAGCGAAACGGCACGAAGGUGAAGACAGAGGAUAUUGUGAAGCCUGAGGACGACGAGCUGAGUGAGAUGAGUGAUGUUGACGAAGAUUAG